AUGACUCGCCCCAAUCCCCUGCCACUCUCUGACGAGUGGAAGGAUCCCGACGAAUAUGUUGCGGCCCUCCUCUCCUUCGCGACCGAGUCGGUCAUGUUCAUGAACCUUUGCGGUGGUGUACAUAUCCUCGAUUUUUUGACGCGCGAUCCCGAUCUGUAUACUUCACUAUUGCCAGAGGACUGGCGUUCUUUCUUUGAGAAUCAUGAUAUUCAUAGCAUUUUACAGCUGCUUUUGCGAGAAGACAUUAGCCCGCUAUGCGAUCAAGCGGAAACGAGAACGAGCGAAAAUGACAGAACCUGGAAUGGAAGCGCAUUCCCACCUGCUACUCUCCUCGAAUACAUCCGCAACAUUCGUCGAUUCAGCCUUCGCCGCGAGUUCACGUCUGAGAGGAAUGAGGGUCUCCCCAGGCACAUUGCCAAUGGCAUGAACAAGAAGAAAGCACAUGAGGUUGAGCAAUUUUCUCACUAUGUCGCAUCGUUAUCGGAGACGGUUCACGAAAGUCGCGGAGAGCCAUUGACCCACAUUGCAGACUUUGGGUCUGGACAAAAUUAUCUGGGGCGGGCGCUGGCCAGCGCACCCUACCACAAACAUAUCAUAGCGAUUGAGCGCAAGCAUCAAUACAUCAGCGGGGCAAAUCGAAUGGACGUUCAUGCCCGAUUAGCAAAGGAUGAGAGGAAGAAGAUAAUGCACAAUGCGAAAUUGGCUAAACUGGAACAUAAGAAAAAGCAAUGCAUCAGUUGCACCGAUACCCCAGAUUUAGCUACUUUAGGAGUAUCUGAUCCUGCCAGGGUGGAGGCGCAGGCACAAUAUGCAUCUAGCAACAAGGUGCUUGAAGAGCCUACUGGACAAGAGGAAGAUGACACCUUCUCCAGUACCCUAGGCGGCAUGAGUUUAGAAGCCGAUGACAUCCUCACUUCGACCGAGCAGAACCCUCCCGCCUUCAAAGCACCACCACCACCCAUGGUUGAUGCCAGAGGUGUUGUCAGCUACAUUGAACAUGAAAUCCAGGAUGGUUACCUGGAGCCGAUCAUCGACCAUGUCGUCGAUCCCAAAAUCCCAGUGGAAACCAGAACUGCCAGUGAAGAAGUCGUCGCCCAGCCCCAGGAAAAGAAGCCAAGUGAUGCCCGGGUAAUGGUCGUAUCACUGCAUUCAUGCGGUAACCUCGUUCAUCAUGGAGUCCGAUCCUUGGUUCUCAACCCAUCUGUUGUCGCCAUCGCUAUGGUCGGCUGUUGCUACAACCUUCUCACCGAGAGACUCGGUCCCGCCACCUACAAAAUUCCUAUUCUUCGAUCUUCGCAUCCACGUCUCAAAAAGACCGGAUCUUCGUGGGAUCCGCACGGGUUCCCAAUGUCCAAACUUUACGAAAACUACGAGGCAAAAACCACAAAAGGCAUCAAAUUCAAUAUCACAGCUCGCGCCAGCGCUGUUCAAGCACCCUACAACUGGGGUCGUGCUGACAGUGAGGGUUUCUUUACUCGCCACUUCUACCGCGCCCUUCUGCAGCGCGUUCUCCUUGACCAUAAAAUUAUCCCAAAGGCGGACAUCUCCAAAGAUCUCUAUGAAGAAGACCCAGAUGACCCCGAGUCUGGUAUCGCGCUGAUCGUGGGAUCUUUGCGUAAAUCCGCUUUCGAAUCUUUCACUUCAUAUGUUCGCGCAGCAACGGUCAAGUUGAGCCAGGAUCCGCUGCGAGGCGAGAAGGUCAAGGAACGAGUUUGUACCAUGACUGACGAGGAGCUGCAACGCUAUGAAACCGCUUAUUUGCCCACGCGCAAAAACCUCAGUAUCGUGUGGACUCUGAUGGCUUUUAGCUCUCAGGUCAUCGAGGCUGCUAUUGUUGUGGAUCGUUGGCAGUUCUUGCGUGAGCAUGACUCUGUCAAAGACUGCUGGGUUGAGCCGGUCUUCGAGUAUGGCCAGAGUCCCCGGAAUCUGGCUGUUAUUGGGAUCAAGAAGUGA